CUCUCUCUCGAUCUCUAUCUCUUUUCUGAAGCGUCACUGUCUUCAAUAUAGUAUCUUUGAAAUGGCUGCUCAGCAAAACAGAGGGAGAGCAGAUGAUGCUAUUUUCCUUGCAGACAUGUUCCUUGCUCAAACCAAAGCAAAGCAAGCGAAGGACAAAGCAACAUCUGCUAAAGGUAAUAAAUGCAAUGUCCGAUGGGUGGAGAGAGAUGCUAAAGGACGUCCACUGCUAAAAAGAAGCAGAAGUGGAGAGACACGAAAACGUGCUUCAGCUACAGUUGUUUCUGUGGUUGGCAGUGAGGACGUGACACCUUUUGAGUCAUCUGAGGAGGUCCCCACAGUUACACAAUCAAACUGCUCUCAACACUUAUUUGACAUUGAGAUGCAGAAACUGCAGGAUGUUCUGACCUCAGCAGACGUUCAAGGCACCAACAAGUCCCCUUCAACAUCCACAUCAUGGUGCUUGCGCCAAUCUGUAGCCCAAGACGAGUGGAGGAAAGCAAGGUCUUUUCAUAUCAACUGUUUGCUGUUCUGCAAUGUGGCUCCAGAAAAGAACUGCAGCCACUGCACGUCUCCUGCCGUCAUUCGCUGCAGAGACUGCAUGCCACAAGAGUGGCUGUGUAUGGAUUGUGACACGCACAUACACAAAAAACUCACCCUCCAUAACAGGGAGUCCUGCAUUGAGGGAAUUUACAAGCCCAUUGAGCCAACAGUGUGCUGUGUAAAAAAAGAUGGCAAAUAUACACUGGUCAAUCAAGUAUGUUUAUUACCUACAGUGAGACCUGUCCAGUUAUGCACUUGCGACCCUUCAAAUUUCACAGAAUCAGCUGGCAGAGCAAUCAUUUUGGUUUGCAUAAAUGGUCGGUAUGACUUGCACUUGCCAAGCUUGUUGUGUAGAUUAUGUCUGGCUCAUUGGACACCUGACAUGAGCGACCUAAUAAGAAGUGGGUACUGGCCAGCAUCUGUGAAUGCAGACACGCUUUUUUUCAGUCGAUGUCUUCAGUACAUUUGAAGAAAUGAAAACUGUUGCACCAGGAUUAUCGAGACAAGGUUUUUUGCGGAUGUUGGAGAGAAGGACUUGUCUGUUUGGAAGGGCUGGGAAAAUACAUGGAGACGUCUUUCAAAGAAGCUUCAUGGAAUACACAUUCUGCCAGUACCAGUGUGAAGAAAUGGCCAGUGUAGAGCACUUCACCUGCCCGGCUUGUACACCUAACAUGCUCGCUCUUUGUGCAGACGGCAACAGAAAAGUGUACCGAUUUCGGCAGUCAAAAGGGUCAGAGGAACCCUAUUUUGAUGGCACCUUCAUUGCCAAGGACACUGACGUACACCAUUUUGUUGAUGAGAUCAGGAGUAAAAUGAAAAGUACUGCCGGCAAAGGGAUCUGUGGAGCCAGUCAGUGGUCUGCUGCACGUGAAACAGCCAGAAAAGCAAGCAAACUGGAUGAAGAGGGCCUUGAGGUGGUUGUUUGCAGACACGGAGUGCUACUCAAGGCUCUUAACAUGUACAGGGGGGGAAUAUUUGCUUAUCCGCUGUACCUGCAGAAGGAUCUCCAAGCAGCCACAAACGGGCAGUUCUAUUGCACAGAUAUUGCUUGCAAGUAUUGGCCUUAUC